GCACCAAAGCAGAAGUUGACUUUCAAUCAACAAAACGAAGUGCGCGAGAAUACCGUAAUCAAUCCGUUCCCACAUCUUAAUCCACGUUCAUAUCCCUACGCUGCACUGAUCGUUUCGAGCAGUAACGUUGAAAUCCGUCGUAACUGUUUCAAGAAUCCGAGAGCGCAAUUUGAGAUUGCUACUGAGCUGAGUGAACACGCGAAAUGGAUUGAUGCCCGCGAGAACAACUGGGGUCAUCCAUUUCCGGAGGAUUUUAUGCAUCGAAUUUUUGAUCAGUUCAAUCGAUACUCACUUGCUUAUAUCGAGGUAAAUCCUUUCGCUGCCGUGUGCAAUCAACGAAGUCCUCACAUCACAACCGUUCAACAAUACUAUCGAUCAUUCCGAAAAGAAAGUAAACCGUACAUUCUUGGUGGAACCAUUUGGGAGAAUCAAGACCUGGGCACUGGUCGUUAUGUGGUAACCGAUGAUUUGAACGUUGUGCCAGGCGCCAGGUUGACCGUCUCACCGGGUACUGUAUUUGAAUUCGACAAUGGCAUUGGAAUGCUUGUACAGGGAGAAUUAAUUCGCGCCGAUUUUCAACGUUCAAAUGAAUCGGUUCUCUUCACAAGUCGUCCUUUCCAGCUGCCUCAGCUGCCUCAAAUUCGACUUGCUGAUGAGAAUGAUAAUCAAGAGGUGAUAAGUGGACGUUUGGAGGUGAAUGUGGACGGUCAAUGGGGCACAAUUUGUAACCGAAGUUGGACAGCCGAUCUGGCACGUUUGGCGUGCAAUCAAUUGGGACUUAUAAUGGAUGAUGAAUUCUUUGAAAAUUGGCGAAUAUUUCCGUCAGCGGGCGAUCUACCGAUGGUCAUGGACAAUAUACGAUGUGAGGAACGAGAAUACGACUUGACCAAAUGUCGUCACGAUGGAGUGACGCAUGGCAUUGCAUGGUCGUGUCCUCCGUCUGAUGUCGUCGGAAUUCGAUGUGCAGAACCACGAUGGGCUGGUGUUCGUUAUUCACUUCUCGCCAAUCCACCAGCAAUUACCGGUCAAACUUCAAUGGGUCAUUGGAUUAUUGAAAAAGCCGGUCUGUUCGAUUUUCGAAGCAGUGAAUUCAGUGCAGCACUGCAGAUCGAUUGGAACUAUCAUAGUUUUCAAUAUUUGACGAUACGUGAUAACUAUUGGAAUGGCAUUGAUGUUGUCUACAACGACUUGACCAAAAAGCCAGCGAUCAGGAACAGUCGUUUCGAGGCGAAUCGACGGCACGGUUUCAGAAUGCGUUCACCUGGAAUGACCAUCGAAGAAGUUAUUGUGAGCGGAAGUGGAAAUGCCGGAUUCCGCUAUGAUCCGCGUGUUUCGGUUCCACUGCAACGUGAUAUUGUCACCUGGCUGGUGAGACGUGAUCAGCAAGAAAUGGAAGCGAAUAAUGUCUAUGUGAUUCCGAAUCGAAGCAUCACCGAGCUGGUUGUCCAUGAAUCGCAGCUCAGUCAACGCAAAUUCCUUCUGGCACGCCCAACCACUGACUGUCCACUUGCAUUGCUUGAUCCGUGCGUCUAUGAUUUAACAUUGAAAGCAAGUGGAUUCGAGUAUGGUUUGAGUGCCAAAAUUGCUGUACAGAUUGUGAAUAGAGUUGGUGAGGGAAGUGAUGAAGAUAUACUGAUCACAGACGCUGAUGCGAACAAACAGUGGAGUGUCCGCAAGGAUGCAAUUCAAUUUCCAAUUGUUUCCUCAUCGAGCACUCUUCAAAUGCAGUACACACGGACACGUGGUAAUCCAGAAGUGGUUCUGCUUGUACUCUUCUUGGACGCGCAAGAAUAUUUGGAUCGUUUCGUGCACGUCUAUCGCUCUGUUGUCAGCGGCAAUCAAUACGGUCUAUCGUCCGUUCACUAUUCCGAUUUCAACUUCGAUGAUGGAACAUUUUUGAAUCGUUGGUCAGAGGAGAAGCUCUGGUUCCAGAAAGUCAAUUUCACUUAUAACACUGAAGCAGUCGUAUGGGUGCAUUCACCGCAGCAUAUCGUCUCGGAUGGCACUCCUAUCGCUCAGGUUUCAUCCUCGAUUGCAAUCACACAAAAUCUUAGAAUCUGUCCGACAAAGCGAUUCAUUCAACCUCCAAUAUCUUCAUUCAGUUUUUCAGUUGCUUGA